AAAUCUGAGAAUAAUACCGAUCCUAAUGUCGAUCCCAUAUAUCACGGCCGCAGUGGACCCGUGGGUGUGUCCACACCACCCAACCCCGACCCAUUACUAUUACAAUGGCAACAAUCAUUGCAUGAGUUGGGAUACCCUAUAAUUGAUGUGAAUGGGCCGACACAGUACGGCACGAGUAUUAUGUCGAUGACUAUCAAAGACGGGAUGAGACAGUCCACUGCUAACUCAUACUUGGAGUCUAAUAUAUGCCCUCAACUCAAUAUAUUAACAGGGGCAUUUGUCACUAAAGUGCUUAUCGACGGUCAGUCAUAUGGUGGACAGUAUGGUGAUCAACCAAAAGCAGUCGGAGUGGAGUUCACAAAAGGGAACCGAGAAUAUCGUGUUCAGGCAACUAAAGAGACUAUAUUAUCAGCAGGAACAUAUAACUCCCCACAUAUUUUAAUGCUAUCAGGCAUUGGGCACCGGGAGCACUUAGAAGAGUUUGAUAUAUCGCCAAUUUGGUCUGACCUACCCGUCGGUGAUAACCUACAAGACCACGUGGCUCUCGUCAUAUCAAUGCCUAUCAAAAAUACAACCAAUUUAUCUGGAGCUGAGAUUAAUGUGCAACAAUUAUACGAUGCAGUUCUUAAACAUACCGGCCCACUCGCACAACUUCCCACAUUGUAUUUACUAUUCAACUCAAGUGUCAACCCAGAUUGGACUUACCCGGACAUUAAUCUAAACUCAGGUAUUAUAGCGGCUAAUGGAUUGGGAUUUGAAAAUAUAUUUUAUUUGGACAAACGUCCGGAGGAAUGGCGUCCAUAUAUGGAGGGGGUUAUAGCUAACUCUAAUCUGGAAGUCAUACCCGUACUAACCCGACCCAAAGCCACCGGUUUUGUGAGACUUAAGUCACGUGACCCGACGGCAUACCCCAUAAUUCAGCAAAACUUGUUGAGACACCCGGACGAUAGACAAGCCUUUUUGGAC